AUGUGCUCCAAUCUAACACAGACACUCUGCUUGACCACAUGCACGCACACACACAGACUGGUGUUCGAGUCGACUUCGAAACCAACAGCGAGUUCGUUCGGAGGUGUGGGCGUUUACUUAGAUGCUGUGCGCUUCAUAGGCGUACGCGAACUAGUCCAGCGACCAUGGGGAAGAAACACAAACAGCAGUGUCUCUUUCAGCUUUGUAGCCACACCCUGUGACGUGGGAAACGACCAGGCUCUCCCCGUGGCCCUUGUCAGCUCCGUCAUGCCCU